UCGACUGUCGAUAAUCUUCGCGCGGCGAAUUUAUCCUGUAACAAUGUCGUGCGAUGGCUCAAAGCGCAAGACGCUUACACACUGCAUCGUCCAUUGCGACGGAAAUUUCCACGAAUGCAUUACAACGUAACGAAUAUCGACGAUCUGUGGGAGGCUGAUUUGAUCGAACUCCGAAAUCUCAAAAGUUACAACGAGGGAUAUUCGUAUUUACUCGUGAUUAUCGAUAUACUUAGUAAAUACGUCUGGGUAGAACCAUUGGGGUGCGUUCCGUAUGCCGGAGUGUUUGUCCAGACGAAGUGUGACGUCACACACCGAGAUUGUCUCGUGAAACGGAACGAUUCUUGGAAUGUUUAUGCGCUUGUGCAUACGACAUAUUUCUUGCUUUGCGGUUGUAUAUUUUAAUAUAAAAAACAUGGAAUACGUGCUUGUAACUGAGCCGAACGGAAAUGUCAUCACGGAUCCAUCAGGAAAUAUUCUGGUUCAAUAAAAACCUGGGAAUACAUUAAUGUUUAUUAGCUCUUCCGAAGCUACUACAUUAUUUUCAAACGCUGGAAUUGAAACUCAAAUUGAGAUCUCCAGACCUGACCUUAUUACAGAUAGUGAACAAGAAAAUAAUAAUACUACAAGCAGAACUUCUUGGAAUCGAAAAGAGAUUAUAGAGCUAAUAGGCUUAUAUAAGUCCCAUGAACAUUUAUUUAAAAGCACGACAAUAAAAAAUGAUAAAGUAUGGGAUAUGAUAGCUCAACAGUUACCAAUGCACACAACUGAGAAAAUAAAAAACAAAUUUAAGUAUUUAAAACAAAAAUAUAUGGAAAAAAAAGAUAACAUGGGUCAAAAGAGCAGUGGCGCAGGUACGAUUAAAUUCAAUUAUUUCUUUGAAAUGGAUGAAAUAUUUAGUCAGGAUCCUGACGUGCAGCCAGUGUCAACUGCAUCUUCUUCACGAGGGAUUCAACGUGCUUCGAAGACGUCAUCGGUUGAAACUGAAGAAAAUUUAGUGACGAAUUCCAGUGACGAUGAAGAGAUUACAAAAAUAAAAAAUGAAAAGCCGAAGAAAAAAAAAGUGAAUUAGCAAAACAUCUAAGUACAUACGAACAAAAUUUUAAACAAAGAGAGACUAAGAAAGAAAAACGUCAUGAUGAGUUACUAGCUCGACAAGAUGCAGCUCUAAAAAUUUUAGAAAAUAUUGCAAAUUCAUUUGCAAACUUAUCAAAUA